GGAAACAACGGUGUCAAACCAGGCAGCCACAAGUCAAACAGUCAACAGAGAGGAGAAGGGGCACGGGACAGCGACAGUGACUCAAGUGACGUUCAAACGCUCAUGAACUCUACUCGUUUUCACCCGGUAAUCCAACCAGUCUACUUAAAUUUACCAACUGGAUUCCAUCAGGUCUUCUACUGCAAUGUUCCUCCAAAGCUGAAUGCAGGGGACGGUUCAUGUUGCCAUUUCCAGCAUCCAUAAGAAUUCCCGGGAUAUUCCAGUCGUUCUACUAAAAUGAGGUGGUGUUAGCAUAACGUUAGCAUUAUGUCCAAACCCGACCAGGAGAUUCAGGAAUGGCUCACGAAGCUGCAUCUCUCUCAGUAUUACAUCUACUUUGACCAGGGCGGAUACCGAACUCUGGAAGACUGCAGAGAGCUCACCGAUGACUGCCUUCUGGAGCUCGGGGUCUUUCCCACUGGUCACCGGCGACGCAUUCUCCGCAGUUUGGAAGCUCUGGGAAUCGUGCUGAGCGAAGAUGAGGAAAAUGAGGAAGGACAGCGGCAGAGGAAGCCAGUACCAAACCCGAGACACAUAUUCAGGGAUAAAAAGAGGGGCGCUUCUUGUCAGCAUUCCCAAACGAGUGAGAAAGAGGAGUUGGAUUUGAAAGGGAGUCUAACUUUGCCGCCCGGUGCAGGACUAGGAAGAGUAAGUGAUGAAGAUGAAACAGCGCUCGAACCUCCGCAGCCAGCUCCCAGAGAUCCAAAAAAUAUCGGACUCUCUUACACCCCCUGUCUGUCCUUUUCAUCAAGCAGUAGCAGCGACUCCUUCUCCAUCUCUGAAAUACCAUCGGAUUGGGAAGUGACAUCGGAGAACGCCCCCCUUCCCAAUACGGACCCCAUGGCCUGUCCCUCUGAAGUGGGCCAAACGCUGUCAGAGGAAGGUUUUCCCUGUGAAAUGGUGGAGAACUCCAUUUAUGAAGCUGGUAUUUCGUUGCCUCAAGGUCCUCGCCUAACUCGCUCCUAUCGCCUGAGGCACCGGCCCGUCCCGGAGAUCCCAAAUGUAGUUGUCCCAGACCUUAUAAAGGACAGGAGCGCACCACUGACGCAAGCUCCGAGUCCCGAACACCUAACGGGCUCCGAAGGUCCCACUGGUGCAAACGGCAUACAGAAAGCUCAACUUCAAAGAACAUUGACGCCUAUUGUUCCCUACGGAGAGACGUUCCUGUACAAUACUCCUGAUAGCAUUCCGGACCAAGGUGAUAAAGAAGGGGAGCAGAAAGGUUUAAAAGACAAGAUAAAGCAAAAGAAACUAAGGAAAAAGGCGAUAAAAGACAAAGCCCCUCCUCCUCCUAUCCCUGGACAUGACAUGGAUGACUAUUCAACAGUGGAAGAAUGUGCCCACAUACUGUCCCAUUCCAGCCUGGAUCAUGCUGUAACUGGGACCAGUGAAGACACCAGUGCUCCUCAGGAUGACUCCAUGUUGACAGUGGAGUGUGAUCUGUACUCACGGGCUGGAGACGCUCUCGGAGGGACAAAUGCCAGCCCCCUGCCCGAUAUCUCCCCUUACGCGUGCUUCUACGGGGCGCCCAAACGUGAGGUGUAUAAGGCUGGUUGGGUGGACAAGUUGUCACCUCAGGGAAAACGUGUUUUUCAAAGAAGAUGGGUACGGUUUGAUGGUGAAUCCCUGGCCUACUAUAACAAUGAAAAGGAAAUGUACUCCAAAGGCAUGAUCAUGGCCAGCGCGAUCCGACAGGUGCGAGGGCUGGGAGAGAACAAGUUUGAAGUGGUCACUGCCCUGCGGACCUUCAUUUUCCGAGCCGACAAAGAAGGGGAGCGCCAGGAGUGGAUGGAAACUCUUCAGACGGCCACGCGCCCCCCCGCCUGCGGCUCCCACCCGUGCCCCGCCUCCCCGCGCCCCCCCACCACAAACAGGCUGGGAGCUCUGGAGCUGCGCGGGUACAAAGGCAGAGUGCUGGUGUCCCUGAUGGGGAGCAAAGUCAGGCUCUGCAAAACAGAACAGGACUAUAAAUCUGGCCUGGCUAUCGCGGAAGUAGAACUGACAGCUGCUCACAUAAAGGACGUGGAUCGAAGGAGCUUUGAGAUCAACACCCCUUUCAAAAACUUUUGCUUCACAGCCGAAUCGGAGCGGGAGAAGGAGGACUGGAUUGAAGCGGUCCAGGAAUCGAUUGCCGAGACACUCUCCGACUACGAAGUGGCGGAGAAGAUCUGGUUCAAUGAGGCCAACAGGAGCUGCGCGGACUGCUGGACCCCGCAGCCGGAGUGGGCGUCGGUCAACCUGGGCGUGGUCAUUUGUAAGAAGUGCGCAGGGCAGCACCGUUCCCUCGGCCCCAGUAUUUCCAAAGUCCGCAGCAUGAAACUGGACAGCAGCAUCUGGAGUAAUGAGCUAGUGGAGUUGUUCCUGGAGGUGGGGAACCAGAAAGCCAACAGUUUUUGGGCAGCUAACCUCCCCGCUGAGGAGGAGCUCUACAGCGGUUCGUCGGCCGAGCUGCGGGCCACCUACGUCCGCAGAAAGUACAGGGAGCGGAAGUACUGCAAGCUCCUGGAGGACUACGACACCAUGGAGCAGCUCAACCAGGCUCUGUGUGCUGCUGUGGUGUUGCCGAAUGUCCUGACCACAAUGAGCCUGGUGUUCAGUGGAGCGGAUGUCAUGUGCGCCACAGGUGACCCCACCUACUCCACCCCGUACCUGCUUGCCCAGCGGGCAGGACAGAAGCUGCAGAUGGAAUUCCUUCAUCAGAACAAACUCUCCGAUUUUCCUCGACUGGAGCAGUGGUCGGACUACGCUUUGCCUUCGGACUCCUCCCCCUACAUGGAUGGCUUCCUCUACAUCUCCUCCAGCAUGGGCAAAACAUCCACCGUGGACCGCCAGCGUCGCGAUGAUAUGACACGGCGCUGGUGCACUCUGGAGGGGGGCUUUCUGAGUUACUACGAGAGCGACAGGAGCACGGCGGCCCUGGGAAGAGUGGACGUCACAGAGGUGGUCAGUGUGGCGGUCAGCAGCACCGAGACCAUGGCAGGAGCUGGGGCCGUGUUCACUGUGGAGCUGUAUCUAAAAACGGAGCGAGUUGUGAUUUUCGGGGCCGAAACUCAAGAAACGCAACGGGACUGGAUCCAGGCCCUAACCAAGCGCUUUGUGCCGUUCAAAGUCGAGGGCAUGGUACAGAAGGAGAGCGAGCUGAUCGGACAAUUGUACUUUAAAGAAGGUCAUGACCUCUACCACUGGAGGCCGGGCUGGUUUGUGCUGGAAGGAUCCACUCUGCGCUUCAGUCCUGAAGAAGCGGAGGAAGAGGAGGCAGUUCUGCAGCUCAAACAAUUACAGGAACUCACUGUCUCCACUCACACAGAAGGUGAAGAGAAGAUCCAGGUGCUUCUCAUGGUAGAGGGUCGCAGAACCGUCUACAUCCACGGCUACAACCGGACAGACUUUGCCCUGUGGCACUCUGCCAUCAUGCUCGCCGCAGCCACUGACGGCAAAGCGCUCGGCGACCAGCAGCUCACCAAGAACGGGGUCCCUAUUGUUGUGGACAGCUGCAUCGCUUUUGUCACUCAGUAUGGCCUUUGUCAGGAGGGGGUCUACCAGAGCCCAGGCGACCCGGACCGCGCCGCCGCCCUGCUGGACAAGUUCACACGUGACGCUCGCAACGUGAAGCUGAGAGAGAAGGAGCACCAGCUGGAAGAUGUGACAGAGACCCUCAAGAGCUUCUUAGCCCACGCGGAGGACGCUCUGCUGACCAAGGAGCUGUACCCCUACUGGGUCUCUGUGCUGGAUGAGCCUAAUGAAAAACAGAGGGUGAAGAAGUACUCCACUUUGAUCGAGAGCCUGCCAAAGAUAAACAGGUCAACCCUUGAAGCUCUUCUUCAGCAUCUGUACAGGAUCCACCAGUGUUCCAACUUAAACCAGAUGCCCAGUAAGAAUCUGGCUUCAGUCUUUUCAUCCUGCCUUUUCCAGACCCAAGGGCAGAGGCCAGAGGAAGUCCGAGUGGUCCAAGAUCUCAUCAAUAACUACGUAACACUGUUUGGGGUCAACCUGGAGCAGGUGGAGCAGAUGGAGAGAGAGACCCGCUUCAUCACGCGCUGGAACGACAAGAAGGACGCCACGUUUGCUCCAGCUGGGGACUUGAUCUUCGAAGUUUACCUGGAAAAGAAAGAGCCGGAGAACUGUUGUUUAAUCAAGUUGUCUCCUAGUAUGAGGGCAUCAGAGGUGGCAGAAACAGCCCUCAACAUGAAGAACAUCACUGUCAACGCCCAGGACCUCUGGACUACAUUUGAAGUCAUUGAGAAUGGAGAAAUGGAACGGCCACUGCACCACAGUGAGAAGGUCCUGGAGCAGGUCCUGGAGUGGAGCUCACUGGAGAACCCCAGCUCUGCCUUUUUGGUCAUCAAGAAGUUCUGUGCAGCCAAAAGAACUGCUGAGGGCAAAGACCAGAAGAUGCUCAUUAGAGGAGACUACCUAAAGUUCAAUGACGGAUCAUCCAAAUUGCUGUCAGGCCAUAAAUUUCAGGACAAAUACGUGGCCCUGCGCUUGGAGAGAUUGCUGCUCUACAGAGAUAUCAAAAGCACUAAAGCGGAGAAGGCCGUCGUGCUCAAGUCUGUGAAAUGCUAUCUGGGACUGAAGAAGAAGCUCAAAGCCCCUAACAGUUGGGGUUUCACGGUCUAUACAGAUAAACAACAAUGGCAUUUCUGCUGCGAGAAGCGGGAAGUGCAGGUCGGUUGGGUGGCAGACAUCAUCAGGGCUAAGUUUGGCUCUGAUAUCUGCGCGAAGACCAUAACUUCAAAUGUCUCCACAAUCAAGGCUUCCACUCUGGUAUCUGGGACUACACUUCUGAGCAACAACUCUAGUAAACAGCUGACAGACAAGACGAUCUGUGUUGGCGAGGGCAGCUUCGCCAAGUCCGCUAAGGUUGCCAGCAUUCAGCAGAAGACCAAUACAAUCGCCAGCUGCUUAAGGCACGUGGACAUGUUCAAACCACCGGACGUCCAACAUCGAAAGGCCUCGUUGGACACGGGCCAAACGCAGCCACACUCCUCCAUCUCACCAGUCACACUUUUGGCCCACAGCGGCUACAAAAACACAGGUAAAAAGCCGUCUUUAGGUGGAGAUGCCAAAAUGCCCGCCAAUCUUCUCAAUGAACUUAACUCGGUGCUGAGUAAGACUGGACGCACCACGAACAACAGUCAGUGAUGGAGGGAAGGAGGAAGAAGCAAGAGCGGCCAGCUUGACCACUUGGAACACGUUAAAGAUUGAUGUGGUGGGGGAGACGAGAGCGUGCGCGUCGUAGCCUCAGGACGGCGCUCUUAUGAAAUCCGGGAGGGCGAGGAGAGUGUGGGAAACAGGUGCAAGAGACACCCAAGGUCACGCAGACCUCAGCUGGACACGGCGCUUACCAAAGCACUACAAAAGCACCUGAUUUAUACAGAGCUCAGACAAUGUUACAGAAAUAGCGUUGUCUUUGCUUAGCUCAGACCUUUCCGGAAAUAAACCUGCUUAUUUUAGCUGGAGAUGUGCUAUUCUUUUAUACAGCAAAGCAAUGGCUACUUACUUUGUGUUCAUGUGUAGGUUUAAAUCUGCAAAGAAAUAAUGUUGUGUACAUUGUAUUUUAUGUAAAUAAAUUACAGAAGAUGUAUAUUUUAUUACAAUAUAUAUUUGUAUUUUAUUUUUUAGCUGAACUACUGCCUUAGAGCUACUGAUACUGCACUGUUAACCUACUGUAUUUUAUUUACCUGUUGAGCCUAAAACUAUUCCUUUCCACGUCUUACAAACUUAAAAGUCCACCAUGUAACUUUUCUGGUAAAAGUUCCUCUACUUGCUUAUCUCCAUGGAAAUGUAAUAGCUUGGCAUGACCUGUCCCACAAUAUGGCAUUAAAGGUCCCAUAUUACAUUGUUCUGCUCUAUGUUGAAAUGUUGUUUCCUCAUCAAACAAUCCUGGAGUUGUUUUGUUUCAUUUACACCUUGUGAUGUCAUGUGGUAAUACACACUGUCACUAGAAUCAUUUGGAUAAUUUCAACCCUGGAAUGUCCCAUCUCUAUUAAAUAAAAUCUGAAAUGUAGCUGUUAACUUGAAAAUUACAACUACAUGACAUCACAAGGUGGAACAAUGCAUUUUCAGCUUUGGAGACAAACUAAUAAUAAAGGGUUACUCAAACAUGUGUGAAUGAAGCAAAACACAACUCUUCGUAUGUUUUUGCUGAAGUGACAACAUUGCAACAUGGCUUAAAGCUCACAGCAGUCAUUUUUGUAUAACAUAGAACCUUUAAACGUCUAUAACGCCAUGGAGGCAAAGCGGUGACGCCACUGGAACAAGUGACUGGGCAGAUCUGUGAAGAGGUGACCGUAGUAAGAAUGCAGGUAUUUGAAUGAAUGGAAGGGAUGAGUUUAAUUGGCAAAGCACCAACAGAAAGGCAAGUGGCAGACCCUCCACCGGAAAGUUACAUGAUACACCGUUAACAUAACACCUUUGUACUUGUGUCAUUUUCUUUAUAUUUAGAUAAAGCCAUGUAUAGUAUUUGAUGUUUAGCACCCAUAAUUUCAGUGUAAUGGUGUUUUGUUUUUUUGGGGGGGGUUUUUCCAUUGAAUUAAUUCUCAAAAAUGUAUCACAGACUUUUUGUGAGAAACUGACUGAUGUACGUAAUAUUGGGCAUUUUGAGGCUAGCAACAUUUGUAUUUGUAUAUUAGUGCAGCCCCGGCUCACUGCAGCACAUCAACUGCGUUUCCACCCAUAUAAAAUGCGCAUAUUUCUAAAUUUCACUUUAGAAAAGCACGUAACAAAUGCGACUUUAUCCCUGUUUCCAUCAAAGCGUUGGAGCGCCUAACGGGGUGUUGGUUACCUGGUUACGAGGGCGGUCUGUCUUCUGUGUGUCGUGACGCUGGUAAUCCUCCAGGGGGCGCAACAUCUGUUUUGUUUGUCUUUGCUAGAAACAACUGAGAGAAAUGACUGUACGCAUUUGUGCCAGGUACAAAACUUGGCAUAUUGUUUAAACUGUAAUAAUGCUAUAGACAUGUUUUACUAUAAAGCUAAAGGCUGCUGCUAAACUACUGCACUGAAGUUGAAAAAGAACGACCGCUGAAGUCCCGCUUUUUGUCCACAGCGUUGGACAACCAUAAAGUUUCCCAGACUUUACUCUAUUAAUGAAGUUUAGAUCACGCAUAUUUGUCUCUUGGCAUGUUUUUAGAUGGCCAACAUCUUUUUGUUUUUAGCUUGAACCUCACGUAUUACACUACGUUUUGGACAAACACCCACCAGCAUGAUGGGAUUAUUUUGCCGUUGUUCAUUACCUGUACACACUCCGGUCUGGUGCAGCUGUAGUCUGACGAUCACGUGGGUUUUAUGUUCGUGUCAUGUAUUUAUUUUUCUGCAAUGAGCUUUUAAACUGCGCUUAAUUUAAAAUCCACCUGAAUACACCUCUAUGUGAAUUAAGGGUUCUAAACGCUAUAUUUGCUGUUUUCCACCUCCCGUUACUUAUGCAAAUCUUCAAAAUGCGCAUUCAAAACAAGGUGAUGGAAACGCAACUAUUGUAGCACUAUUUAUUUCUCAAGCUAUAUGCUCUUGCCGUGUACGGGCUUGAUUUAUUAUUUAACCCUUUUUACGUUAAUGUAUUUGAAUGUAUUGAAACCUGGUCACCUCCACAUCCAAUAUGUUUAAAUAAAAUUAUAUCACCA